GGGGUCGCGAGCUUUGCCCCGGCGACGCGACUGUCAACAUUAAUUAAUUAAAUAUUACUGACAGUUUCCCUGAGACCUUGUGCCACAUCAUCUGAAUUAUGAAUUAUUUACCAAAUUCAGUACAAUCUCUGAACUUGAUAAGCUUCACUUACAACAUUCAUUUCAUUCCCCGUACCUAUUGUCUUACUUACAACUAAUACACCUAAAUAUUCCCUAUCAUUAUUUCCAGAAGCAAAACACUAUCAAGCCUUCAUUCAUACAUAGAUUGGCGGCUAUUGAAUUUCUUAAGAAACCUAAAAAAAAGAAAAUAAUUCCGCACUUCCUAUUAACGACGUCAGACGAUAACAACAAUGAUAACCACGAUACACUGAUCAACUCAACGACAUCCUUUUCUCCUUCGAUGACUCGACUUGAGUCUCAUUAUUUUAUUGGACAUUUGUCUAUUCGACCGCAGGAUUCGAUCCCCUAACCAAGCAACACGUUUCGGAAAUCACGGCUGUGAAAGGAGGACUUUACAGAAGGACAACCUGGACCGUUGAACAUUUGCAACCAUGGCGCCCGGUGGCGGAGGAAACAUCAAGGUCGUUGUGCGGUGUAGGCCGUUUAACAGCAGAGGUAUGCGGUGGAUAUGUUGUCAAACCCCAUUCUCGUGUCAGUACUGAUACCUCGGAAUAGAGAUCGAGCGCGGAGCAAAAUGUAUAGUGCAAAUGAAAGAUGCGCAAACGGUCAUCACACCACCAGAUGGACAUGAGGCGAAAAUGAGAGAUGCAAAGGGUGGGAAGGGGGAUACGGGGCAGAAGGUUUUCGCAUUCGAUCGUUCAUACUGGUCUUUUGACAAGAAUGAUCCGAGUUACGCAGGACAAGACAAUCUCCAUACGGACUUGGGAAAACCACUUUUGGAUAAUGCCUUUCAGGGUUACAACAACUGUAUCUUCGCCUAUGGUCAAACGGGUUCGGGAAAAUCGUACUCGAUGAUGGGAUAUGGGAAAGAUGCAGGUGUUAUUCCAAAGAUUUGUCAGGAUAUGUUCGAAAGGAUAGGAGAAUUGCAAAAGGACAAGAAUUUGAAAUGCACCGUCGAAGUAUCAUAUCUGGAAAUUUACAACGAGCGAGUACGAGAUCUCCUAAACCCAUCGACAAAAGGCAAUCUAAAAGUUCGAGAACAUCCCUCUACGGGACCAUAUGUGGAAGACUUGGCGAAACUGGUUGUGAGCAGCUUUCAGGAGAUUGAGAACUUGAUGGACGAGGGAAACAAAGCCCGUACAGUCGCAGCCACAAACAUGAACGAAACUUCUAGUAGAAGUCAUGCUGUCUUCACUCUAACUCUGACACAGAAACGUUUGGAUGUGGAGACAAAGAUGGCAAUGGAGAAGGUUGCGAAAAUUAGUUUGGUCGAUUUGGCAGGUUCCGAACGAGCAAAUUCUACUGGUGCAACUGGAGCGCGAUUGAAAGAAGGCGCUGAGAUUAAUAGAUCUCUAUCGACACUUGGUAGGGUAAUUGCUGCGCUGGCCGACUUAUCUGAAGGAAAGAAGAAGAAAGUGGGAAAGGGGAACCAAGUUCCAUACCGAGACAGUGUUUUGACGUGGCUUCUGAAGGAUUCUCUGGGAGGAAAUAGUAUGACAGCUAUGAUUGCAGCCAUUAGUCCUGCAGAUAUAAAUUUCGAUGAAACUCUGAGUACCUUGAGAUAUGCCGAUAGUGCAAAGAGAAUCAAGAAUCACGCUGUUGUGAACGAGGAUGCGAAUGCUCGUAUGAUCCGUGAGUUGAAAGAAGAAUUGGCUCAGCUGCGGGAUAAAUUGACAGGUGGUGGUGGCGGCGCUGGAGAACUAGGUCCAGCGGAUGAAGUCUACGCAGAGGGUACGCCUCUAGAGAAGCAAAUGGUCACGAUCGUCUCAUCAGAUGGUGCUGUGAAAAAAGUAUCAAAAGCGGAAAUUACUGAACAACUCAAUCAAAGCGAGAAACUUUACUCAGAUCUAAAUCAGACUUGGGAGGAGAAAUUACAAAAAACCGAAGAAAUUCACAAAGAGCGAGAAGCGGCCCUGGAAGAAUUGGGUAUCAGCAUCGAAAAGGGUUUUGUUGGAUUACAUACACCAAAGAAGAUGCCCCAUCUUGUGAAUUUAUCGGAUGAUCCACUUCUAGCAGAAUGUCUCGUCUACAACCUCAAACCUGGAAUGACUACUGUUGGCAACGUCGAUUCCACUGCAGCCCAAGCUGCAGAAAUUCGACUGAAUGGUACUCGUGUAUUACACGAGCAUUGCAUUUUUGAGAAUGGCGUGGAUAAUGUGGUAACCCUUAUACCGAAUGAAGGCGCAGCAGUAAUGGUUAAUGGGCAAAGAGUCGAAAAGCCAACUCGAUUGAGAAGUGGUUAUAGGGUUAUUAUUGGUGAUUUUCAUAUCUUCAGAUUCAACAACCCGACGGAAGCUCGAGCGGAGCGUGCAGAACAGAGCCUCCUACGACAUUCCGUUACUGCCAAUCAAUUGGAAAAUAUUAAAGAUUGGGAUAAAUUCUCGCCUUCUUCUACCCCUCGACCGGCUCAUGAUCGGACAUUCAGCAAAGCUAUUUCCGACCUCGAUCUUGAUGGCAGUAGCCGAGCGGAUUCUCCAGCGCCUGGGCGUGCUCUUUCUGAUUGGUCACUGGCGAGACGCGAAGCAGCAGGGGCUAUUUUGGGCACUGAUCAAAAAAUCGCAGGUUUAUCCGACGAAGAGCUCAAUGUUUUAUUUGAGGAUGUUCAAAGAGCAAGAGCUGAACGUGCAACCGCAAAUAUGGAGGAUGACCUGGACUCAGUGACCUCGUAUCCUAUGCGAGAAAAGUACCUUUCCAAUGGUACCUUGGAUAAUUUCUCUUUGGACACUGCACUGACCAUGCCAUCCACACCAAAGCAAGGAGAAGUAGAGGAUAAGAUGCGUGAAGUUAGAGAAGAGAUGCAAGUCCACUUAGAAAGGCAAAGAGAAGAAUUCCAAGAGCAACUUGAGACAGCCAAGAGCGCAAAUGUCGAGGUUGAAGAGAUCAAGAAGGAAAAGGUCAGGAUGGAAGAGACGCUGAAGGAAGUGAAAGAGGAGAUGCUCAAACAAUUGGAGAUCCAACGAAAAGAGUAUGAGGAGAAAUUGCAAGAGCUGACUCCAAUCAAGUCCGGCCCAGACGGACCACCUCCACUAUCAGAGAGAGAAAUUGCGGUUGCGGAGAAAGUUGCAAAACAUUGGCAAGGACGAAGGUACGUUCGAAUGGCCGAGGCUGUAUUUCAAAAUGCAGCAAUUCUGAAAGAAGCACAAAUAAUGAGUCACGAAAUGGAUGAGAAUGUUGUUUUCCAGUUUACUGUUGUUGACAUAGGGCACGCUUUAUGCUCAUCUUAUGAUAUGGUUCUUAAUGAUAUAGAGGGAGAUGAUUUUCAACUUGAAGAUGCGACCAAGCCUUGCAUCGGCGUUCGGGUUAUAGAUUACAGGAAUAGUGUGGUUCAUCUAUGGAGUGUGGAUAAACUUCAGGAUCGAGUUCGUGUGAUGCGACAAAUGCAUCAGUACCUUGACCGACCAGAAUAUCUUCAACACUUUCGACUCGAUAAUCCAUUUAUGGAAACUUGUAUGCCACAGUACACACAUGUCGGAGAUGUAGAGGUUCCUCUCUCAGCAGUUUUUGAGAGUCGAGUUCAGGAUUUUACCCUUGAUGUUCUCUCGCCAUUUACGAUGCACGCCAUUGGUAUCAUCAAGCUGUCGUUAGAGCCAUCUUCAGCAAGAGCUCCUUCAAAUACCUUGAAAUUUAAUGUUGUUAUGCAUGAAAUGAUCGGAUUUGCUGAGCGGGAAGGAACAGAAGUUCAUGGUCAAUUGUUCAUACCUCCAGCUUCAAAUGAAAGUGGUGUUACAACAACUCAAAUGAUUAAGGAUUUUGAUGAAGGUCCAAUUCGAUUCGAAAGUGUUCAUAGUAUGAGUGUUCCGAUGUUUGGGCCCACAGAUGUUUCUCUUCGUGUGGCUAUCUUUGCCAAAGUUUCAUCAAUGCAUCUGGACAAACUUUUGAGUUGGGAUGAUAUGCGAGAUAAUGUCCCACAGCUUAAAAAGAAGCGUAAAGGCGCUCGUAUAUCGGAGUCACAAUUUUAUUCUGAAGAAAGGCAUGAUGUAUUUGUCAAGGUUCAAAUACUGGAACUAGCAGAAAAUGGUGAUUAUCCUCCGGUUGAAGUGAUCCAAACGAGCGAGCUUGACCAAGGAACUUUUCAACUUCAUCAGGGUUUACAACGUAGGAUUGUUGUCAAUUUGACACAUAAUUCAGGUGAUGCUUUACCUUGGUCAGACGUCACUGGUUUACGUGUAGGAAGAAUUCAACUCGUUGAUCAUAUUGGGAAAAGUCCAGAUCUCAGCUCUUCUUCUACUCCGCCUCUUUAUCUUAAAUUACUUUCCAAACCCAUUGUUAAAGCUAACGCAAACGGCACUAGCAAUGUUACCAUUGUUGGAAAAUGGGAUUCUAGUGCCCAUGAGUCUUUACUCCUUGAUCGAGUCACAGCAGAUAAAUACAAAGUUCAGAUGUCCCUUGCAUGGGAUGUAAGAUCUGGCAAACUAUCUCGUCCAAUGACUUUCACCAUGGAUGUUUGCUCUCAGAUAAUGUCACGUAAUUAUGUUCGCUCUACAUCGGUCUUUGCAUCAUUAUUUCAAAGCGUUCGAAUCGUUCAUUCUAUGACCGGUAUUUACUCUAUAUCAGUUCGUCCAAUGGCCGUGAAAAGAGCGGGUGAUUUAUGGAGGAUGAAUACGUCUGAAGAUUAUGUAAAGGGUGAAGAAGCUCUUACGAAUUGGACACCUAGAGGUGUUAGCUUGGUUAAAGAUUUUAUCGCUGCAAGAAGAAGGAAGCGAAGGUUGGCAGAAUUAGAUGCAGCGCAGCCAUUAUUGAAUCGCAUUGCAUCGCUACCAUUGCCAAAACCAAUAUCGGCUCCAUCAAUCUCACCGAUUAUCGACCGAGACCCAGCUGAAAUACCACUUCCAGCAAGUCCUUUGGCUACAGAUGAAGAAUUUCCACUGUCGAUAGAUGAGGCUUUCACGUCACCCAUGAACGGAGAUAUCGCACCCACAAAUGGAGACAUUCAAAGCAAAGAUGAGAUCGUAGAAAAUUUAGAAGUCCCAAUAGACGCCGAUUCCAUUCCUCACGAUGAAAGCAAAGAACAACAACCCCAAACUCAAUCAGAAUACAACCCUCACCAAAUCGCCCUUCUCCAAAAGUUUGUUAAAUUAUUCCAUCUGUGUCGCGACCCAUCAACAACCAUCCUUACACCCACUAAUGUCGAACCACCUAUAAAUGGCUCUCCAGCUCCGUCUCUCUUACAUACAUCCUCUUUUACAUCCAAUACAUCCCGGUCAAUUUCUCCUCGACCAUUAAACUUCUCAAAUUCACUUCACCCUUCAACCGCCAAUUCACGUCAAACCUCCCGAACUCGUCGAACUUCUCGAUCUCGUCAAACAUCUCCUGCCCCCCACGCCCAUCCUAAUCCUCUUAUACCCCAAAAUCUCGCAAAUGUCUCUCAAAUCAAGAAAAACCCUACUCUAAUUAAGGGUGGAUAUCUGUUAGUCCCUUCAGCCGAUAGUACAAAAUGGAUACGAAGGUUCGUUGAACUUCGACGUCCAUACCUUCAUAUUCACGCAGUGAAUGGCCCCAAUAGCGGCGAAGAAAUAAAUGUCGUUGGACUACGAAAUGCGCGUGUAGAUCAUAGUCCCGAAAUCGCCAAACUACUUCGAAAUUCAAGUCAGAAUUCUAGUAGGACUAGUAGUCCGGGAACGGCUCAGCAGGGUAGUUGGGGUAAUGGUAUAGGAGGCAUUUAUGGAGGGAGAGCGAGGAGUGGAAGCACGAAUAGUAUUAUGGGAUAUGGUGGAAGGGUUAAUGGUAAUGCGAAUGGGGAAAGAGGAAGGGAAAUUGAGGAGACCAUUUUUGCAGUUUAUGGGACAAAUAACACGUGGUUGUUUAGGGCAAGGAAUGAAAGGGAAAAGGUGGAGUGGAUUUGGAAGAUUGAUCAGGGGUAUUUUAGUAGUGGUGGUAGAGGUGGCAAUGGGAAUGGUGGAGGAAGAGAUGAUGGGAGUGGAAGUCCGGGGAGUGAUGAUGUAGAUAUGGAUGGAGAGGAUUAUUUGGCAGAUUAAUCGUUUUGUUUGCCAUUACUUUUUGAGGCAUGGCAUGGCAUUGGGCGUAUAAAAUAUGACAUGAGAUAAAAAGAAGAGAAGAGAAAGAAGGAGAGAAGAGAAGAGAAGAGAAAAAUUAGAUAUCAUAUUGGAUGGAUGUCAAAAUACAUCAUUGCACUGCACAGCAGAUUAGAUUAGGUCACUCACAUUAGACAGUCUAGAUUACACUUACACUUACACUUACACUUACACUUACUUACUUAUAUUACACCUACAGGAUUAGGUACCAUACGAUAC